AUGUCGGCGGCCGUGCAGCGGGCGCUGGCCGAGUUCCGCGCCGCCCGCGGUAGUUGCUGUGGCCGCUCCGCGCCCCGCGGACCCGCCGGAGUGUCCGCGGCUUCCGGAGCCCGCCGAGGGACCGCGGGCCGCAGUUGGGCCGGGCGGCGGCGCUGCUCAGUGAGUGCCGAGGCGGGCGGGUCGGGGGUGCGGCGCCAGUCGGUGCCUGAGCCGCGUCUCGCUGCCGCCUCCGCAGGUCCAUCGCCGCCGGCGCAGGCGGCUCCGGUGUGGGCGCGCCCGCUGCUGCUGAAGGUGCUUCUCUGGGCCGUGCUGCUGGCGCUGUUCGCGGAGCUGGAGCUGGGGCUGCCCUACUUCGUCUCUUCCUUGCUCUACUGGAUGUACGCCGGCACCCGCGGCCCCGCCGAGCGGCGGCCCGGCGAGCUCAGCGCUUACUCCGUGUUCAACCCCGGCUGCGCCGCCAUCCCGGGCACGCUGACGGCGAGCAAGCUGGAGCGGAGCUUGCACUACCGGCCCGCCGCGGGCAGGUAG